AUGUUUCGCCCCCAUCCUCUGCGGCAGUCGCAGACCCUCGAGGUUGUGCCUCCCGACAACAACAUCUCUCGCCAGCUCUCCACCACCUCUUCAUCUGCCUCGUCUGGCUACUCCUACGCCUCCGACCAGACCCAGAAUACGCAAUACUCGACCCUCUCGAGCGCCUACUCGCCUCCCAAACCAACAACAACAGCCGCACACACACACAAACGCGGCCAGAGCGAUGUUAUUGCCCGAGCCCGGCUCUUCGAAUCUGGCGAAAUGAACGGCUCAACUAGGGAUGCGAUGCCGACUCGCCAGUCUCUGCGCCAGCUGCCCCAAGGUCCGGCUUCCUCUCCUCCCAAGCCAUCCACAUCGCCAGAACAGAAGCUGCGCCAUCUCCGCGGCCAGAGCGUCGACAUAUCCAAGCUGUCCAUUUCUCAACAUGAUGGCCCAUCUUCACCGGUAUCACCUCCUCGGAUGUCAUCUAUGCGACCAAACUCGAUGCUACUGACUCGCUCCGACUCCAUUCUCCGUGGAGCUGGAGCUGUUGUUCCCAGCAACAGCGCUCAUAUCCGCGCUCCAGAACUCGAGCAGCUUGGCCGUUCGUCCACUUCCCAGCUGCGCACACUCUCCAAGCUUGCUCAAUCCAACACCGCCGAUGACUUUGCCAUUACAUCACCCACGCAAGAAGUCGUCGGCCUCCGUGGCCGGCGCAGACUUCAGCGUACAGAACAGCCAGGCGCUGGCAAAACACCCAAGUCUAACGCGUACGGAUGGGAAGGCCGCAACUGGAUGGAUAAGCAACGUCAGUUUCUGCAAGCCUACGAGUACCUCUGCCAUAUUGGAGAAGCUCGCGAGUGGAUAGAGGAUGUUACAAACAAGACUCUGCCACCCAUUGUCGAGCUCGAGGAGGCACUCCGCGACGGCGUUACACUCGCCGAGGUCGUCGAAGCACUCAACCCCGACAGACACUUUCGCAUAUUCCGCCACCCAAAGCUUCAAUUCCGACACUCCGACAAUAUUGCCAUCUUCUUCCGCUACCUAGAUGAAGUAGAGAUGCCCGACCUCUUCCGUUUCGAACUCAUUGAUCUCUACGAGAAGAAGAAUAUCCCCAAAGUCAUAUACUGUAUCCACGCUCUUAGCUGGCUGCUGUUCCGGAAAGGCAUAGUAGACUUCCGCAUCGGCAACUUGGUUGGCCAACUCGAGUUCGAGCACCAUGAGCUUGAAGCAAUGCAAAAGGGAUUGGAUAAGUUGGGUGUCAACAUGCCAAGCUUUGGUAACAUGGGUGCAGAUUUCGGUGUCCCCGAGCCCGAGCCGCAAGAAACUGAAGAAGAGAGAAUCGACCGCGAAUUGGCCGAGCAGAGCGCCCAAAUCACAGACUUGCAAGCCCAAAUACGCGGUGCUCUCGCAAGAUUACGUCUUGGAGACGCCAUGCAAGAUCUGUGGGACGGUGAACGGGCACUGAUCAACCUGCAAGCACGUAUUCGCGGCGAUUUUACGAGACAGAUCAUGGGAUAUAGGCUCCAGAUGCGUCGCUCUUCAAUCAUGGUUCAAAGCGCUGCACGGGGAUGCCUCGUCCGACGACGCAUGAAGAACAACGAUCGCUGCUGGAAGGCGAUUGAACCCGAUGUUCUGACUUUGCAGAGCAUCAUUCGAGCCAACAAAGUCCGAAAAGAGAUUUCUCGUGAGCGUGCUGCAAUGCAAUCGUUUGCAUCACCUUUGGCCAUGCUUCAAAGUUUAGUCAGAGGAAAGGCGGCGAGAGCCAACCACGUCGGCACACAGAUUGAAAUUAAAAGCCACUCACCCGACAUUGGCAAGUUUCAGGCCGCCAUCCGCGGAGCGGCCGUCCGAUGUGAGAUCGCAAGUCAACUGGAUAGUCUUCGUCUUAACGAGCCGAGCACCGUCGAACUACAAUCCCGUAUUAGAGGCAUGUUUGAGAGACAAAGUGUCUUUGCUCUUCAAAAGAAGCUGGACCGCGAGAACCCGAUAGUCACGAGUUUGCAGAGUCGCAUACGCGGUUUCAACCAUCGCCGACAGCACCAGGCGCUCAUGGAGGAGCUGGCUUCCCACAAUGCAGAGACAGCCGCUUUCCAGGCUAUUCUCAAGGCAAUGAUGGAGCGUGCUCGCGUUGACGACGUGCUGACAGAGCUUUUCGAAGAGGAGGAGUCUAUUGUUCAACUCCAAUCCGCCGCCAGAGCAUUCCUUGUCCGCGCCCGCUUCGAAGAGAAGAAGCGAUUCUUCAACGAAAAUAUGCAAAAGGUCAUCAAGAUCCAGAGUUUUGUCCGCGCCAAAGUUCAGGGCGAGGCUUACAAGAGUCUCACCACCGGAAAGAACCCGCCCGUCAACGCCGUUAAAAACUUUGUCCAUCUGCUCAACGACAGCGAUUUUGACUUCAACGAAGAGGUGGAAUUUGAACGCAUGCGCAAGACUGUAGUACAGCAGGUUCGACAAAACGAAAUGUUGGAACAGUACAUCGAUCAGCUCGACAUUAAGAUUGCUCUCUUGGUGAAGAACAAAAUCACUCUGGAUGAGGUCGUUUCACAUCAGCACAACUAUGGCGGCGGCUCAUCUAUGGGAAUGCUGGCCAACUCCUCCAUUUCCUCAUCCAACCAAUUCGACCUAAAGGCAUUGAACAAGGGCUCGCGGAAGAAGCUUGAAUCAUAUCAGCAGCUGUUCUUCUGCCUCCAAACCCAACCUCAGUACCUGGCUCGUCUCUUCAAGCACCUGCGCGAGCAAGGCACGCCUGACGGCGAAAGUAAGCGGAUCGAACUUCUGGUCAUGUCUAUGUUUGGUUAUGCGCAGAAGCGUCGUGAAGAAUACUAUCUGCUCAAGCUUAUUGCCCGGUCUAUCCGCGAGGAGAUUGAAGGCAAUCGCAGCCUCCAGGAAUACCAUCGCGGCACGUAUUUCUGGUCCAAACUUCUGGCCAACUACACGCGAUCCCCACGAGACCGCAAGUUCCUGCGGGGCCUACUUGGCCCGUUGGUGCGCGACAAUAUUGUGGAAGAUCCCGCCUUGGACCUGGAAAGCGACCCUAUGCAAAUUUACCGUGCUGCCAUCAACAAUGAAGAGCUGCGUACUGGUCGCCCAGACGGCAGGCCGCUGGACGUCCCCCGUGAGGUUGCAAUUCGCGACCCUGAAACGCGGCGACUUUUUAUCGACCAUCUACGCGACCUGAGAGAAAUCUGCGACCAAUUCUUCCUUGCGAUGGAGGACCACGUCUUCAAAACGCCGUAUGGCCUUCGAUUCCUCUGCCGGCAGAUGUUUGAAUCUCUGCGCCAGCACUUUAACCGAGACUCGCCCGAUGUUCUUCUUCAGCAUGUGACCAAUUGGUACUGGAAGUUUUAUCUCCAGCCUGCCAUCGUUUCUCCCGAGAACGUUGGUGUCAUUGAGAAGACGCUAAGCCCCCUCCAGAAGCGCAACCUCUGUGAAGUAGCAAAGGUUAUCGGCCAGAUUGCUUCGGGCCGACCAUUCGGCGGCGAAAACGUCUACUUGCAACCUCUGAAUGCCUUUGUGGCCGAGUCGGUUGAGCGCUUGCGUCGCAUAAUGAGCGAACUCAUUUCUGUGCCCGACGCCGAGAGCACCUUUGACAUUGACGAGUUCAACGACCUCUACGCCAAGAACAAGCCAACCUUGUACAUCAAGAUGGCUGAUGUAUUUUCCAUUCACAACCUCAUUGUAUCACAACUUCCGUUUAUGUGUCUUACGAGAGACGACGUCCUGCGCGAGAUCAUCCAAGAUCUGGGUAGCGCCAAGACGAAUGAGAGCGAGAUGAGCGCUGCAGGAUCGUCCGACAUCCAAAUGUUCUUGACACCCAAACUCCACAAUGUUGAAGACCCUGAUGCUGAAGUCAAGGCCCUGUUUAUGGAGACAAAGCGCUGUGUGCUGUAUAUUAUUCGUGUACAGACGGGUGCAAACCUCCUGGAGAUUCUCGUGAAGCCAAUCACGGAUGAGGAUGACGCCAAAUGGGCCUCUCUGCUUCAAGACGACUUUGCCGCGAGCGGCAGCCACGGCGCAUACUCUGAUUCCCACAUGGUCGAUGUGACGCGCAUGUCAUACUACGAACUCAAGCGUACAGCCCUCGAAAACGUGAUGCGUCUUGAGCAGAUGGGCAGAAUCUCCAAGCACAACAACUACCAAGACAUUCUCAAUGCCAUUGCCAGCGACAUCCGUUCCAAGAGCAGACGCCGAGUCCAAAGGCAACGCGAGCUUGAGGGUGUCAACCUGACGUUGGGCAACCUUCACGAGAAGGCCAAUUACCUGGAACAGCAAAGAAAGAGCUAUGACGACUACAUUGAGCAAGCCAUGAUGACGCUACAGAACAAAAAGGGCAAAAAACGAUUCUUGAUGCCGUUCACCAAGCAGUAUAACCACCAGCGCGAGCUGGAACGCAGCGGCAAGGUGCCCAAGUUUGGCAGCUACAUGUACAGCGCGCGCGCCCUGUCAGACAAGGGCGUGCUGGUGUCGUGGAAAGGCAUGUCGGACUGGGACAAGAUCAACGUGACCAUUUCCUGCGACCAGGUUGGCGUCUUUGUCAUUGAGGGCACACGGGGCCACAUCCAGAUGCCCGGCGCCCAUGCCGUCGUCAGUAUUGAAGAUUUGCUGCAGGCGCAGUUUGAGGCGCACCAGUUUAUGCACCUCUUUGAGGGCAACCUCAAGCUCAACGUAAAUCUCUUGCUGCACCUGGUGUACAAGAAGUUUUACCGCACUCAGUAA